UUGUUGUGGCUCGUCUUUGCGCGGUGUGUGUGCUUGCUGUCUUGUUGACACCAGCCAGCAUGGCAGAUCAGCAAGCGAGCAUUUCGGAGGUCUCCCAGUGGUUGGAACAGACCGGCCACGCGGACCAGCCGCUAGGCCUCGACCAUGACCUUGAAUUUGACGAUGAUGCGGAGGUCAAGGAAGCCCCCUCAACUAGUCUUGCUUCCUCCGAAGCCGUUCCCCCCUCCCCCUCGGUGGCCCUCCAGUCCUCUCUUGCCUCCGAGGACCUCGCCAUGAUCCAGGACAUGGCCCAAGCCAUGGGCGACAAUGAGGCCAUGGACGCCCUCAAGAACCGCAAAGCUCCCGCUAGCACUGAACCAGCACCCCUGGCAGCCGUUCGCCCACCUUCAGAUUCCGCCAUGGCCCUUGGCGCGCAGGCCGGCGCCGCUGACGUGGCCUCGCCGCCAGUACAGGCUGUUUUGGACGCCUCGGGUCCCCAAGAUCAGUUUCCCGUGCGCUGGUUUAAGUUUCAAAACGAAACGACACCACUCCUCUGCCAAAAUGCUAAUGGCCCAUGUCCACUCCUCGCCGUCUGCAACGUUCUAUUUUUACGCCACCGCCUAAUCUUGGCCCCAAGCACGCCCUCCGUCUCCUUUGAGCACCUCGUACAACUUCUCUCCAGCUAUCUCCUGGACGAAGACACCUCAAGCAUGAGUGAGGAGGAGCGCGUCAAUCGCGAAGCGGCCAUGAUGAGUCUCAUGGAUCGUUUCCCCAAACUUCUUCGAGGCCUGGAUGUCAACCCUCGGUUCAGCAAGCCCGAUGCCUUUGAGUUUACGCCCGAGCUUGCAGUAUUUGAUCUCUUUCAUGUUCCUCUGUAUCAUGGGUGGUUGGUCGAUCCUCAAGAGAAAGCUGUUCAUGAAAAGCUCGCGCACCUCACCUACAACCAGGCCGUGAGCCUCUUGGCUGAUAGCCAGAGCGAUGAAGCCUCCCUUCUCGUGACCCAAUGGCUCGAUGACAACUCGUCCCAGAUCAUGCCCGAGCAAGGCCUGGCCAUAUUCUUUCGCAACAAUCACUUUAAUGUUUUGCAUAAAAAUCACGGCGAUCUUCUGCUCCUUGUCACUGAUGCUGCUUUUGCCUCCACCUCAGCCAUCUGGGAAACUCUCAUCAACAUUGAGAACGAUGGCGCUUUUCUCAGUGACAGUUUCCAGAUGGUGGAGCAACACGAGUCGGUCAUGGCCGGCGAUGCACCCAGUAGUGACGAAGCUCUAGCCCGUCAACUUCAGGACUUGGAAUACCGUCAGCAAAACACAACAGCUGGUCCUGCCACACAAGCCGCCUCGCCCCAUGUAGGCGGGCCUGUGUCCGAUGCAGAUUUAGCUCGCCAACUCCAAGCGCAGGAGAACGCGCACGCGCAGAGGAUUGCAGCUCAGCAGCAACAGCAGCAACAGCAACAGCGCGCACAGUCAACCCAGCACCAACACGCGGAUCCUCAUACAAGGGGCAAGAAUCAUAGGGGCAAAAGUAAUACGGGCUGCAUCAUUUCAUAG